UGGCCUAUUUCCGUUACUACAGUCUCCGUUUUUUCCCGUCUCUUUACGAUCUCCGUUUGCAAGACGUGGUUCCCUGCGAGCCUGUCAGUUUCUUUACUCGACGCCUCAUCUGCGUUUACGAUCUUUACGGUCUUUGUGUUCUUCAUCUGCGUUUCUUACUCUAGGGUUUUGAGGAUCAAAGUUCAGAACUCCGAACUGAGGGCUUACUCCCAACAUAUCCAUAUUCAAGUGCCCUGUUAGUCGCAAAAUGUACGGCUUUCAUCUCCGCUUCAAGCACUGGACCUGCAGCGAUGGAGAAUGAUACGGAAAACAACAAAUCCCCAGCUCGAUUUCUCAUUAUCGCACCUCCCCGAGAACAAUUAGAUUCUUCAAACCAUGGGACCAGUCCUGGAUGAAUCAUUUGAUCCGAAGAAUAAUAGAUUCACUAGAAGGAAGAACGCCCAAAUUCCCCUUACUAGAUUAGAAUAUAUCUUCCAUGUGAAUCUAUUAUUCAAAUCUAAAGAAGGUGACAUGAAUCUCUUGAAUUUGUGGAUAUUAGAGAAACCAAAAGAGCUAGCUCUGCAAUACUUAUUAGAGGAUAGUUGAAAGUCAGAUUUAUGAACUUGGCUUAAGCCUUGUGGAAGACCAAGCAAGGUUUGAUGGAACUUCGCUCCAAGGCUCUCAAUGAGAAGCAGGUGGUUUCCGGAAUGAAACAUCGCCGCCACACCUGUCGGCACCACAAACACGUUCAAUGCCAAAUUUAUGUGAAGUUUACUACGAUGAUGUGGUUCGAGAGUCCCUCGAUUGUGCUGCUCGCUAGGUUGAAGGUUUUCCUUUUGCCAGAAAAAUUGGAGGAAGAACGAACACAAUUUAGUGCCAUGAACAGAGUAUGUGCGACUGGGCACCAUGAUCCACAUUAUUUCUAAAACUGAAAUAUCAUUCGCUUUCAGCUUCAUCUCUCCUUUCCAGCUCUGUGCUUCCGGUCGUGUUGACCUCCAGAAUUCGUUUCAAAGAUCUUGUGAGGCGCUUGGAGAAGGAUUUGCAGAAUAUCAUGACUGGUGGAACGGCAGAGAAUAUAGAUAUCCUUCAAGUGGUUUGUUGUUUUAUAUGAUCGUUUUCCUUUGUAGCUUUAUAUUGUACUCAGUUCACAUUUAUUGGACCCAGAAAGUAUAUCUCUUGAAAUAAAUAGUAGAGUUGUAAGGUUUAUAUAAAAGCAUGGAAAAGACUGAAGAUGAUUGAGUGAGUAAAGUUGGAAAGAAAAGAUGUUGAUUCCGUUUGGUGAGACUAAUAUUAUCUGAACCUUUUGGAUUUGCUGAAGUUGUAGCUGAGUUUGUUGAAUUUGGUGAAUUUUGAAAAAGUUUUAUUUGAAGUAUUUUUUAUUCGUAAAGUAAAUAAAACAUUGUAUUACGGUCCCUAGAAUAGUCUACAUUCAAAAUUAUACCAUAUUAGCUUGAAACAAGUAUUGGAAACAUAAUAUGCCAUUCUGCUUUGCAUAUAGCCAAAACGGGGCUGGUUCACCAAAACAGGCAUGGUUCACCAAACCAGUGUAUGAUCGCCAUUCUGCUGUGCAUAUAGCUGCUGCCAAUGGUCAGAUCGAGGGUUGCAUUAGGAAAAAUGGCUCACGAUGGGCCAUGUGUAUAAGAGAGAUCCAGACCAUGCCCUGUUAUUUGCAUCCACGUGAGUACUAGGUGGGCCAUUAUCUUGUUGAAGGAUCCAUCAAAUAUCUAAGCCUCAAAAUCAACAAUCGCUCAACGUCAAGAAAUCUUCCGCCAAAGUAGCCCAGUGCCAACUGUGUAUAAUGUUGCCUCGAUAAUCACCCCUUCUCAUGAUGCUGUUAGCUAAGACUUCUUCUCCUAUUUUCUUCUCUUUUCUAUCUAUUCCAUUUCAUUUCCAUGUAAAGUUCCCAUAUGCUGCGAAAAAUAGAGGAAGAAGAAGAAUUGUGACAUGGCUUCUGUGGGGUUGUAUGCCCAGUAUAAAAUACAGAAGUUUCUUCUUUCUUAUUAUCUGCAAUUGAAGGGCAUAUGACAUCUCUGAUUAGUCAAAUGGUUGUUCCCCAAGAUUACAAUGGCUAUAAGUCGUUGGAAGAUCUUUCCUCUUUCAAAUGGAGAAAGCGCGAUGCUCAUUUCUGACUUCGAUCCCAUGAUUUUAUUUGAAGGUUAAGCUACUAUAAUAAGCUCGCAUUAACGAAAUCAUUUGGAAAAGGUGUGGCAGUGAAGUCUUAACCAACUUGGUUGGUGAUCUUGAAGAACCCAGUAUUGCUGUUGAGUUGAGACUAAAAUUGCUAUGCCCAGAGGUCAGUAGUUUUAGCAAAAAGGAAGUAAGGAACUACAUUGAAAUCAUGAGAACUCCACUAUUUCUGUGGGCACAGUGGAACUACAAUUCUACGAUCUAACCAUGGCUCAGCUAGAAAACACUAUGAAAAAUGAGUUCCCAGAGCUAAUAGUUCUAGGCCCACCGUCGGUGUUCUCCGUAUACAGCGGCAAACUCGCCGAGAAAUUCCGAAUCCUGAAGCCGUGGGAGUCGUCGCUGCCGCUGGAAGAGUUUCUUUCGGACAACGCGAAGUCGGUGGAGGCCUUGCUCUGUAGCACUACUAAUUCGGUCUCUGCCUCGGUCCUGAGCAGUCUGCCUUGCCUCCGCCUUGUCGUCACCACCAGCGCCGGCCUCGACCACAUUGAUCUCCCGGAAUGCCGCCGAUUAGGCAUUGCCGUCGCUAAUGCUCCCGCUAUUUUCUCCGUCGACGUCGCAGACCUUGCCGUUGGCUUGCUGAUCGAUGUCCUUAGAAGAAUCUCUGCCUGUAACCGCUUCGUUAAAAAUGGGAGUUGGCUCGUUAAAGGGAAUUACCCUCUCGCUUCUAAGCUGGGAGGGAAGAAGGUUGGAAUAGUAGGGCUGGGAAGCAUAGGACAGCAAGUGGCAAAGAGGCUUGAAGCCUUUGGGUGCAUCAUCUCAUACCACUCUAGGGAGACAAAGAAGCAUUUGCUGCCCAACUACACCUUCUAUGAUGAUUUGCACCAACUGGCAAAAGCAACAGACGUCUUGGUCAUCUGCUGUGCAUUGACCGAUCAAACCCAUCACCUUAUCGACAGAGACGUUCUUCUGGCUCUGGGGAAGCACGGAGUGAUUGUUAACGUUGCCCGGGGAGCGAUAGUACACGAAAAGGAGUUGGUGCAGUGUUUGCUGAAGGGAGAGAUCGCUGGGGCCGGGUUGGAUGUCUUUGAGGGUGAACCUCAUGUUCCAGCGGAGCUACUUGGGUUGGACAACGUUGUCCUCUCACCACAUUAUGCAGCUUUCACCCAUGAGUCCUUUGCCCAAUCGUAUGACCUCAUUGUUGGGAAUCUUGAAGCUUUCUUCUCCAACAAACCUUUGCUCUCCCCUGUUCUCUAUUGAGAUUACUUAUGCUUCACAAAAGUAAUUUAUUUGUAAGAGUUAAUAGUGGAACUGAACUGGAAUUCCAAAAACAGGCGAUUAAAUCACCUUGGCCAUGAUGGAUUGUACUUGCCAAAAAUUAGACUGGAAUGUCUAAGAACCAGUCGCGAUUAGAAAUUCCAGUCUCGGUUACGGGUGAUCAGCUUUGGGGAUUAAGAAUCAUGAUCAUGAUUAUUUGCGGUGUUCUUAGUGUUUUGAAUGGUCGUUCUUUAUCAGAAAGUGAAUGUGAGAUACUAUUGGGUGAAAUUGCAAAAGUUUCCUAAAUUUUCAACAUAAUUUAACUUGUCU